CAAUAGUCCAGUAAAGCAAGGAACCCCUCGCACAGAACCGCGAUAAUCCCCCAUCUCCACACCCGUCGCCAUCUGCUGAGGAGUGAGGAGGAGCUCGAGCUCGAGCUCGAAGUAACCGGCGGCCCGGCCCAAGGACCUCCCCGUGCUCCACACGGGGGAUCCGGCUGAUGCGGCGGCAAUGGGCGUCUGGGAUUCCAUCCUCCCCGGCGGCGGCCGGCGCUUCAUCAAGCGAAAGGACAGCGACGCCGGCGAGGCAGGUCAGGGACUCCGACCUCCCCGCCCCCCCGGUCCGCACCCAUUUCUCGUUCUCGUGCCCGUCAUGAGGGAGCACCUAUGGCAUGGAUUGGUAGGGCACUAGAGGAACUGAGGGGCGCACUGUAUAAUGACUUCCAUACUUCGGAAGGGGCGAAGCGCCAGCAGCAAAGGUUCUGUGGCCCUAUCGUUGCGCUGACGUUCAACUUUGUGGUUGCCGUUGGGAUCAUCAUGGCAAACAAAAUGGUGAUGGGCACUGUUGGAUUUAACUUCCCAGUUGCACUGUCAUUAAUUCAUUACCUUUUUGCUUGGGCUCUAAUGGCUGUUCUCAAGGCAUUAUACUUGCUGCCAAUUGCUCCUCCUUCUAAAUCCACUCCUUUCUCCUCAUUAUUUGCGUUGGGUGCUGUCAUGUCUUUCUCCACUGGGCUUGCCAAUAUCAGCUUAAAGCAUAAUAGUGUAGGUUUCUAUCAGAUGGCUAAGAUAGCUGUAACUCCAACAAUAGUUGUAGCAGAAUUUAUUCUUUUCCAGAAAAAGGUUUCUAUUCGGAAGGUUAUCACGCUGGUUGUUGUCUCAUUUGGUGUGGCUGUUGCAACUGUUACUGAUUUGGAGUUCAAUUUUUUUGGUGCUUGUGUAGCACUGGCUUGGAUUAUUCCUAGCGCUGUGAACAAAAUCCUGUGGUCAAAUUUACAACAGAGUGGAAAUUGGACAGCUCUUGCGUUAAUGUGGAAGACGACCCCAAUUACCAUAUUUUUCUUUAUUGUUUUGAUGCCAAUGCUGGAUCCUCCAGGCCUUUUGUCUUUCAAAUGGGAAUUCAAGAAUAGCAGUGCAAUUAUUAUAUCUGCUUUGUUUGGUUUUCUUCUUCAGUGGUCUGGUGCUUUGGCACUCGGUGCAACCUCGGCUCUCGCUCAUGUUGUGCUAGGUCAAUUCAAGACAAUUGUUAUUAUGCUAUCUGGUUAUCUGGUAUUUAACUCUGAUCCUGGACUCACCAGCCUCUGUGGAGCUGUCAUUGCCCUUGCUGGGAUGUCAGUAUAUACUUACCUAGGGAUGAAAGAGUCAGCCACCAGUGGUAAGAGAAAUUCCUUAAAUUCAAGGCAAAGUUCUCAUUUGCUGAAGUCCAAGGUUACUACGGAUGGAGAAAAGCAGGAAACAAGGACUGUCGAUUCUGUAUAAGUUGUAGAAUUGCUGUCCUCCAUGGUGUAAGAAUCCAUUGGAAACAGCACUGAGGCAGUAGGAGAACGAAAGCUUAGCACUUCGAGUAGCAGUACUUUGAGUCUGUGUUCUAGUACAUGCUUAGAGUGCUAUUAUUCUUAAGGCAAUAUUGGUCAACUUCAUUUGUCGGUGACCAGAUCCGUUGUAUGUAGGAUUGGUUCUAGUUUUAGGAAAUUUUGAUCAAUGUUCUACCCUUGUGUCGGCAUGUUACAUGUCUUGUGGAUUCUAUUUAUUAGAAAAUGGAUGAACAAUGGCUGACAGUGGGACCUGGUUGAA